AUGGGCACCCGCGACGACGAGUACGACUACCUCUUCAAAGUUGUCCUUAUUGGAGAUUCUGGUGUUGGAAAGAGUAAUCUCCUGUCUCGAUUUACUCGAAAUGAGUUUAAUCUUGAAAGCAAGAGCACCAUUGGCGUAGAGUUUGCAACAAGAAGCAUCCAGGUUGAUGGGAAAACAAUAAAGGCACAGAUAUGGGACACAGCAGGGCAAGAGCGAUACCGAGCUAUAACAUCAGCAUACUAUCGUGGAGCUGUAGGUGCCUUAUUGGUUUAUGACAUUGCUAAACAUCUCACAUAUGAAAAUGUGGAACGAUGGCUGAAAGAACUGAGAGAUCAUGCUGAUAGUAACAUUGUUAUCAUGCUUGUGGGCAAUAAGAGUGAUUUGCGUCAUCUCAGGGCAGUUCCUACAGAUGAAGCAAGAGCUUUUGCAGAAAAGAAUGGUUUGUCAUUCAUUGAGACAUCUGCUUUAGACUCUACAAAUGUAGAAGCUGCUUUUCAGACAAUCUUGACAGAGAUAUACCGCAUUGUUUCCCAGAAGCAAAUGUCAGACAGACGUGAAAAUGACAUGUCUCCAAGCAACAAUGUGGUUCCUAUUCAUGUUCCACCAACCACUGAAAACAAGCCAAAGGUGCAGUGCUGUCAGAACAUAUAA